UUUGCCUCAGAAGUGCAUUGCUCCACUGUUCGUGUGCACCGCGCCCUGCUGCAUUUGUCGUACUUAAGUUUUUGGCAUUAAGAAUGAGAAGUGUAAGUUUGCAUAAUGUGUGAUCACCUGCUACAGCUACAUUUUGAUUUUGGUUCAUCUUCCUAGUCCGCAGAAUAACGAUGGAGGGCCUACAACUUUUUGGUUCGUGGGCGCGCGUUUUCUCUGACGAGGACGGGAUGAGCACCCCCUCCCCCAGCGAUCUCGCAGGAAGUCCGACGGCCUGUACUUUUGGAAAGUUUUUGGACGAACUGUGUCUUUCCAACAUCGACCACAACCCUUGGGGCUUGGCCUUCGAACUGUGCUUGUUUCUCUACGCCUUUGGUGGCUUGGCCAUCGCCGCCGACCACUUGUGCAAUGCCAUGGAAACACUCUGCGACCACCUAAAAGUGCGUGAAGACGUCGCGGGAGCGACGUUCAUGGCUUUGGGUGGGAGCAUCCCGGAGAUUUGUGUAAGACGCGUACUAACUACUUCUUGUGCAUUUAUUGAGUUAUUGAGAGUACAUUUUGUACUGAUGGGCGUUAGCGUUACUAAUACCAGACGAGCUUGCUGUGCUUCCUUCGGACUCCUUCAUCCUAUUUUUGGAAGAUCAAAUUUUUUGAUGUUUUUGUCUUCGAGUAUUUGUAUUCUUUUGGCUUCCGCAGCGCACUUAACAACAAGUGCUGUGCAUUUCCAUUUUCAUUUUCUUCUCCAACAGACAGACACAGAGUGCUGGACUUGGUCACGACGUAUCGCACAGGGGGGCAGGCUGCGGGCGGCGCACAUCAGCAUGCGCAGCUAACCCGGACGAACCUGACGUCGUUGCUUUUUGCUGAUGACACGACGUUUAUGGCGGAGAUGGCAAAGCAGGACGCCCGAGCACUAGAGCAAAAGGACAAACACAAUCGCGAGCAAGAUUCACCGUUGCCGCCCGUCGACAUGGAAAUAAUGGAGACAUUCGCACAGGCGCUUGCGGAGACUGGGAUGCGGGAGAACAAGUCGAAACGCAUACAGGGCGACGUCACGAGGUUGGUGGCAAAAAAUUUGGGUGUAUGGACCUGCCCGGAGCGUGACAUUAGCGAGAAAAUAAAGAAGGCGUGGGCGGCAUAUUUCGCGCUUUCGGCGAAACUUGCGGGGGUCGGCGGGCUGAGCAACGCACGGCGGGGGGAACUGGUGCUGACACUCCUUCGGACGAUCUUGUGCUACGGACUUCAGUGCAGAGCUGUGACUGUGGCUGAGCUGAAAAAGUUGGAAACGGAGGAAAUAAAGUUUUGCUGCCGGCUGUUGGGCCUCCCGUGGUGGACGAAGAAGGCGGAGCGGAUCAGUAACGCUGAAGUUCGGCGAAGAUUACAAAUACCACCACUAGCCACUCACCUCCGAUUCCUGCAGCUGCGUUAUUUUGGCCAUGUCAUGCGGAAGCCGAAAAAUGAUCUGACGCGCAGAACUUUAGUGGGCCAGUUUCUACCCACGCUACGCAUGCAACCAAGCCAACAACAGCCGGACUUCCGCCCCCGGCACUAUCUUCGCAGCGAUGGAAACAUCAAGGAGUUGGAUCCGAAGACCAGGCAAAUUCCGUCUUUUGUCGAAGAUUGCGUGGAGUAUUUGCGCAAGGAGUGUGGAGUUGGUGGUGAAGCACUAGACAAGCUGGUGAUGUCUCCAGAAGAAUGCGCUGCCCUACGCCCAGACCUGCAGGGCACAAAUUCCUUGUAUCACAAAAACAAGAGAAUUUUUUACGUGUUAACCCGUGCUGCAUUCGUUCGUGAGUGUGUUGACGACUGGACACACUCGGAAAAGAAUCAGGAGCGGAGAGAGGAGCUGCGGGAGGAGUACCUGGACAAGCUAGCAAUUAAAUACUUUGGCUCAAGUAGCGGAGAAAAAAGAACAAGGGCGCAGAUCAAGCGGGACGCGGUAGCAAGCGGGCUGGAUCCAGCGGUGGACACCAUAGCGGCACUAGACGACUACAAGAGGCCACCGACCGAGCUGAUGCCCGAAGUAUUUACGCAGAAACGAUGUCUAUGGUGCCCUGCGGACGCCCCUUGUUUUGAGGAGCCCAGUGACAUUACAGUUGACUUGGAGAGCCUUCGCCUCCCAGAAGCACUCGCGGCCCACUGUAGAAACAGCCACUCGAUGCCAGCGCCCGACCUCCAGUGCAAGGCAGCGCUGAUCGAGAGAAACGAAGAGGACGAUGAGGAGCGAGCCAAAACCAUCCGGGCAGAUAUCAUCGCGCGGCACCCUGGUAUUCUCAAGGAGAAAGCAAGAAAAGGUCGACCACCGGCAGGGCGGAGGCGUGCAGGGCCGGUGCCGCAAAUAACCUGUGAAAUUUGUCGCGAGCACUUUACAUCAAGCGCCGGCGCGAUGGAGCUUCAUGCUAUGGCACACGCUCGGGGGGACUAUGUCAAGUAUGGUCAAAUUUGGCGAUAUGAUCAAAAUGGGGAACGUAUCAAAACAAGCGAGUUCGUACCGAGCGAGCACAUAUGGGACAGCAACCAGGGGCGAUACUUCAUGGGCUCCAACGCCUACGUAACGCGGUGCCACGUUCCUGAAGAUGCAUGCUACACGACGCGGGGCGGCAAGUUCGGAAUCAAAUGCCGGAAAUGUGGCGCGUUCAAGAAGCAGCUACAAGAGGACGACCAGGACGCUAUGACCGAAUUCACCCGCUCGAUGAUGAAGCAGGUGGACGACAUGCAGAAGCACGAGGCGAGCUGCAAAGGGAAAAAAGCCGCAAUGCCACCGGAGCAGGCAGAUGCGGAUGAUCUGGCUGAAUAGUCAGAGCGCAGUCUAUAAAACAAAAAAUUAGUUAUAUAGACUCUUAUAACUCCGUAGUUGAGUAAACCUACCUACCUACCUCCAAGUCCAAACGUUAUACGCAAACCAAAAUUAAUACAGAUCAAUGUGAUCGUCUCUGUGAAGGCAGCAGUGGCACAUCACCACACCACAACCUCUACCAAACCUUCGCACCAGAACAACUCCUGGGAGGUCCUCGCAGCACACCGACCGAACCAGGUGGCUUUGGGUAUCGGCGCCAUACUGGGUUCCGGGUUGAUUGCCUUCUGCAUCAUUCCGGCCUGCUGCGUGCUUUUCAGCAGUAGUGAGACGAAGUCUCUGUCGCUGAACCGGCGGCCCUUCCUGCGGGACGUCAGCGCGUACCUGGUUUCUCUCGGAAUCUUGUAUUGGCUACUCGCAUCCGUUCCCGUCGAUAAUUCGGAGAUACUGGAUCAGCUUGCCUCGGCAGCAGGAGAAGUACACGUACAACUACCUCUACCCGGCGAAAUCAAUACAACCGGAACGAACGCUGGCUUGGAAGGACAAGACAACUCUCGUAGACCAGACGGGGCGAAGAUCUUUGUAAAUGACGAGGAUGCAGCGAGCACGAGCAGCAGCAGCAUUUUGUCGCCGUUGAAAGGCCCAGCAGCACUGUUCCUGAUGAUAGCGAGUGAACUCUUCAUCGGUGAAAAAGGCGAAAUCACGACUGGUGCCGCGUGUCUGUUUCUCGGUUGGUAUUUCGUGUACUUCAUUGCCGUCGUCUUCGGUCGCAACGCGCGGGGCCAGCUGCGUUCCCUGCGAGGCCGGCGACCCCUGAUUGAGCGGGACAUCUCGCAGUUCCGCGAGCGAGCCAUCGAGUCGCGGUCGAACAUAUCAAAAUGAAAAAUCCCCCCUCGUCCCCAUAUCAAAACGGAAAUUUGUGAUGCUGAUUUGUGGCCACAGAUCAGCUUUGUAUUGCAGAGAGGCAUGGCGGCCAGAUCCCCAGGCUAGGUAGGGGCGUAUGGGUCUAGUUGUUCAGCAUGGCAAACGGCUCCCCUUGAGGCUCAACAGCAUGACAAAUCGCUUCCAUAAUGAGGCGGAAGCUUCUGCCCUUGUCUUCUUGCAAGACAGACGUGAUUUGUGACCGACGUGUUGGGGGUGAGGGACCCCCAACGGGGCCUACGGAUAUUAGGUGGAACUAAGGCUCAAAUCCGCAACGCAAAUUUUUGGAAACAUACCUUUUCAAUAUGGGGAGGGGGGGCGUUUCCUCUCAAUAGAACAUGCAGCUGAGCGACCCCAGUUCGGCCUCUCGCGCAGAGCACCCGUGUCUGCAAGGUGAAACACCGUCGCCAGAAGAUGAAAACGCUGGCACGGUCGGAGCAGGAGCGGGCAUACAGAUAGACGGGGCAUCCUCGUCGCCGAUGAACGCCAACAUCUCCUCCUCUCCGUCAAACAAUAAACGACGGAAGUUGCCCACCGGCAGCCCCGCACGUGUCACGUUCCACGAGGGCCCGCUUUCGGAAGAAGAGGAAGCAAGCGCUGCCACUAGCAGUGCAAAAAAACGAGAAACUACGCAGCAAGCACAAGUGAGUACCUACGGGGACGCGGAAGAUGCGUCGCCACCCGGGUCCUCGUCGCCUUCGGGGCUGAAAGCUCUGGGACGAGGUGGUGGUCGCGAGACGCGGAAUUUGUCUUCCACGUCAAUUGACGCAUCUCGUGCGCGGCUCACGUUUGACAGUAGUCCGCGGAAGACGGAUGUGGUUAGUGCUCCGGCCUCCCCGCCGAACGACCAGGGGGUGAUAGCGGACUAUAGAAAGACCAUUGCAAUGUCAAACGUAACAGGCAACGGCUCGCCUUCUGUAGUUGCGGGCAGAAGUAGAGAUUCAGCGUCAGCAAGUGAUGAAAUAAUUGGAUUGACGUUCCGGGGAGCGGUUGCUAGCACUGCAACGUCAACCGCUAGCAUGCUCAUCGUUGACGAAACGGGGGCAAAAACACGAGCAACUACAGCCGUGGCGCAGCAUAGAAGCACAGAGGGAGAACAAGAAACACAGGGCGUGCUUGCUGUUCCUGAUCCACCUACGUCUGAACCCACGACUACCGAUCAGGAGUCCAUCACGAGCAGUGGCGCGACUUCGAAAUCGUCAGAAGAGUCGGGAGAGCAAGUGCAACGGACGAGUCUUGCCGCGGAAUCCCCCUCGAAAGCAACUUCUGCACGAGGCUUUCUAGUCGGUGCGCUACCAGUCAAGACAAGCGAUCAAGUCGACGUUCUCGUGCACGUCGACGGAGGUGGUUCAUCCACCACGGCGGGAGCACGUGCAAGAGCAGGUUCUACUCUACCGGUCACGACCGCGGUCGGAGGUACUACUGCCGGCAUCGAUGCUGAUUCUGAGCGCCGGCGCCCCAGCGGUGAUGCUGGCGAUCUUCAUUCCACCGAUUCAACGCUUGCAACCCGGCCACUCAGCCUGUACCGGCGAACGACCAUCCUUUUAACCUCCUGCAACUGUUUCUCGCCGUCCGACUGGGGUGAGGUUCUGUGGGCGCCGGUCGCGAAGUAUGGAUUGUAAAAGUGUCUGGGCCUGGAAAGUUAGAACUUGUAAUGCUAGCUUUCCAUACCUAGAAAAUCUGUAUCGCAUAACCAACAAAAGUCGCAGCCUCUUUUGUCAUGCAAAAACGCAGUUUCUCAUGCGGAUUGCCUAUGAGAAAGCGUUUUGGGAAGUUGUCAUGCCGGACUGCGUUCGGAAGUGUUUUCAUCAUGCACAUUUUAGCAUCACAAGUUUCCAGACCCAGACAUUUUUACAAUCCAUACGAAGCUGUCCGACGCGAUGUGCCCGGACUGCCGCAUUCUCGAGCCGGCGGAGCACCUGUGGCCCGUGACGUUUCUCUCCGCCCUCGUGCUCAUCGCAAUCUGGUCGGCGGUGGUGACGAACGUCGUUGGCCGGUGGGUCACACUGUUGCACGGGGACGAACGCACCCUGUCCUACCUGGGCAUGGUGCUGGUGGCCUUUGGAGCGGAGGUGCCGGACUGCGUCCAGUCUGUGCAAGCGGCACGCCGGGGUUUGGGCUCCAUGGCGAUUGCCUCCUGCCUCGGCGCGCAGACGCUCAACAUCUGCAUCGGCUUGGGCCUGCCGUGGGCGAUGGUGGCACUGGCCGGCAAGCCCAUCAAGCUCAUUACAACUGGGGGCGGGAGCUACACUGAAGUUGAUCUAGAUCACGGGUUUGUUCUUGAAGAAGAUGAUGAGCUGCAGCAGGGCAGGAUUUUACCGCCGGUGAACCCGGAGUUGGCAGGGAUUGUGUCGUGUCUGGGCUGUGUGGCGUGCGCCGUCGGUGUCGUCGUCGUCUUGACGGUUUUCCCGGUUAUUUGCGGCUCCGCAGCAAAAGUCAAGCUCUACCGGUGGCACGCGGGCGUCACCAUGACUAUGUAUCUGAGCAUUUGCAUCCUGCUUGGAAUUUGGACUUUUUCCGCGCAACCACCAGCCAGCUUUCUCUACUGGGGAACAAGCGACGACGACUCGGGGAGCAGUACAACUACAACAUUGCAGCCAAUUGUUCCAGGUGCAGCUGCUCUCCGCGACGGGUAUAAUGCGCAAGUAGAAGCCUCGUGAAAGGAUGAUCUCGAAGAUGUGCGAAAAGUGCAGUGCUGGAGGACGUAGGCGAGGACCAUAUCAGCGAUUUCUCGCUUUAUUGUUGACCCGCCCGAAAGCGAAAUCAAAGCUGCGAAGAAAUUACCGACCAUUACCCGUAUGAUAUAUGGCGUUGUUUUGUUCACUCGUACCCGUUGUAGUUGGAGUUAGCCUUUAUUCUUCAUGUUCAG